AACCAGCAUCCGUCUACCCAAAAACCAAACUCAUGCUUAUCAGCCAUACAAAGUGACCUUCUGGGUGCAGCCGCUCCUCCGACCCACUCAAACCCAGAGAGACUGGCCCCAAAGGAAGGAAGACCAUUUUGCUGCAGGUUGCUGGGGGUCUCUGAGACCGCGGAGAGCAGGUGCGAAAGGAGACUGCCGCGGCCCGGCUCCGUUUAGAGGCUCUCUGCCCCUCCCUGCCCCUCUCCCCGCCCCGCCGACCCUCGGGGCGAAGGGGUCCUGCCGCUUUAAAUCCCCCAGGCUCGGGGCCGCGCGCCCGGCUGUUGCCCAGGGAGACGGCGGCCCCGACGCCACCGGGCGCGCGCGUCCAGGCUCAGCCCGACCGCGGCGUCGGCCCCGAGCCGCUGUGACCCCCUUUCCCGCCCGCUGUGGCCAGCUGGCACCGCAUCGCAGCCUCAGAAAGGCCGCGAUGGAGGAGGGCCAGGAGCCGGAGGUGGAGGAGGAGGAAAAGGAGAAGGCGGCGAGGGACAAGGUGGCGCUCGACCAGACGUCCAGCGACGAGUACUUCUCGGACAUGAGCGACGUCGCUGAAGGCAAUGGGGACGACGACUUGCACCGCCCCCGCCUAACCAGCGUCGUCAGCCUGAGCCCGAUGCCGACGCCGUUGCCCAGCGAGGCGACGGGCCUCCCGUGCAGCCCGACAACGAGCAAGACCUCAUCUUCGACCGUCUCUCCCCAGAAAAGUUUUCCUAAAAUAUUUCAGACAUUUAAGAAAGACAUGUCUAAAAUAAAUUUAGAUAGAACCACCUAUUACAAUUUAUAUCCAAGAGUUCCAAUAUCAGUACAAACAGAAGAAAGCUGGCUUCAAGAAAUGUCCAGCAAAAAGCAGUCAAGGAAGAAACCACCCUCUGUAAUAAAAGAAUGCAAACCUGAAGGCCCAGCUGUGAAGUUAAGAGAAAAAUGGGUAAUUAAUCCAGAAGAGUCCAAACUGAAUAUUUUAUGUGAGUUGGAGUUUGAGGAAGACUACCUAACCCUGUUCGAGCCUUCUCUGAGAACAUUACCUAGCGUUGGACCACCACCCAUUCUGGCAUUCAGACAAGAGAGUUCCAGUUUAGGCAUUAACUUCAAGGAAGAAGAGGAGGAGUUAUCACCCAAAUGUGAAUUUUGUGGGAGUGAUCUAAGAACAUUUCUUUCCAAUGUGGAUCUUUCCUCUGACUACUGUAGCUCCGAAUCAAUACAACAUGCCCCCUGUUGCAGUUAUUUCCAAAAUCUGAUUGACCACAUCUAUGAGGAAAAACAAAAAAUCCAAAGCUGCAAAGCUGAAUUAAUCUCUAUUGACCCUCACACAGCCCAUGGCAGUGAAGCUGAUAGACUCAAAGCAAAGGAAAAAGCCCUGGCGAGAAAACAGGAGCAACAAAUGGCCAGACAGUUUGCAAUAACAAAUGAACAGACUACUUUCUCUGAAGAAGAUUCAAAGAACUUAAAAAAAAUUUCUUAUCAACUUUCCAUGGAUAUUCCAGAAAAAGAGCUAACUGAUGACAGGCUAUUUGAUUAUGAACGAGACAACAGAAACAUAUCCAUUGUUUGUUGUGAUUCUAGGAUAGCAUGUGGAAAGACGGUGAGGAAUGAGCUUUCAGAGAGGUACUACAAACAUGGCAGCAAGUUUCUGACGUCAUUUCCAGAUGGGACAAUGCAAAUAUUCUACCCAUCUGGAAACCUAGCCAUCAUCCGAGUGCCCAACAAAAUAAGUGGUUUCACCUGUAUAGUCCAAGGAGACAUACCCACUAAUCCUGCAAUCCUGGCAGUGCUAGAUUCUUCAGGCAGAAGUUUCUGCUAUCAUCCCAAUGGAAAUGUCUGGGUAUACAUCAAUAUCUUGGGAGGUCAAUAUUCAGAUCAAGCUGGCAACAGAGUAAGAGCUUGGAAUUGGUCAAGUUCCAUCAAUUUCUCACCCUUUGCUUCAUUUAAACCUAUUUUUCUGGCUCUGAAUCGUUACAUUGGAGUUCGCAUCUUAGAACAAGACAAGAUUUCAAUCACUUUUCUAGCAAUGGGCCAACAGGCAAGAAUCAGUGUUGGAAGCAAAGUGAAGCUAUCGAACCCCAAGGAGAUUCCAGUUCUCUGGUACCUGAAUGGGGAUGACCUUCUUCUGCUGGCCAUUUUAAUAAAGAUUCGACGCCUGUUUCAUAAACUUCAAAGAUGUGCAAAUUUUCCCUCCAGCCAGGUUUGGGAAAAAUUAGAGCAACCUUCCUACCUUUCUUCACUUUCUGUAAAAUUAAUUGCUCUUUGUCACAAUUCUGGUAUAAAGCAAGAUACAAUAACAACAAUAGCAGCUAUAAUAAAUGAAAAAAAAUAAGAAUGAUGGUGCUUUCAUUUGUUGAGUUUUGGGGGAGUAUGGGAGAUUUCAAGAAAAGUAUAUAAAAUGACUAGGAAAUGCCAAGAAAUAUGCUUCAUUAUAAAUUUAGGACACAACUUGAGUUUCCAUUCUUGUUCAGGAAACUCACUUCAGGAUACCAGAGAAUGAACAAAGUGGCACCCGCGUCCAUUUCAGUUGGAGUUCUGUCAGGAAAAUAGUGGGGAGGGAUUAGGUGCUUCCAGAAGCAUCCUAAAGGCCGGGGAAAUGGAGGUCAAGGAGAAUCCCUGCAGGCUUUCAGGAAGCGUGGAUGUGAAGGAAGCUCAGGAAGCCAGCCGUGCCCAGGCGAACAAGUGCCGGAAACCCAAGAAGCUGCCGCCUCCAAGACAGCCGCCCCUCCUGCCGCAGGUGAGUGACGGCUGCUGCUUGUCCAGGCCGGGCAACCCUCAGGCUUGGGGCUGGUGCCUCUUAUGGGGAAUCGUAAGAAACCGGCUAGCAAAGGAUUUUGGACAGUGAAGUAUCUCCCCUUCCAAGGGCAGGAAGUAGGGAUGAUGCUGAGUCUGCAAGGUCAGCCCAGCACGGGAUCUCCUACUCAGUGAUAAAGGUGUUUUUGAGCAGAAAGAUGCUGAGAGCUGGACAAGGAAAGCCCUGAAGUCGUCCCUGGAGUGCAGGAAACUUGCCUUUCCUGAACCCUCCAGGACUUCUCAAUUCCCUGUUCUCUGGGAGAGGGAGAAAUGUAGUUUGAGGGGCCAUUCUGAAUAGUGAAAUCAAAAUUUGGUGUGAAUGCACCACGAAUGAGAAAGAUAAGCCUCUCCACCAUUCACCACUUACUGUGAAGUACUAAAUCAUGUAGUUUUCCUCCUAAGGUUAGCCAGCUGAGGAAAUGCAAGAGGGAAUGAAAGGGAAAGGAGUAAGUGGAAGCACAGAGUAUUCCAGGGGAAGCUGGGCGACAGGUGGAGAGAAGCAGCUGAGCGACUGAGACACAGGGAGAUGGUUCUUGCUAUCAGUCGCCACCUUAUAACUCCCUGCCUUUAAUUAGCUUGCUUUUUAGGAACCGUGCUACACUGAGGGCUCAAUUAUUUUUUGUUUUUUCAUGUCCGCUCUUGCUACUCACCACUGCCACCUUUGUGAAAAAAGAGGUUCCUAGACUUGUAUCUUGAUCCAUGCUAAAUGUCUCUAUUUUGGCUUUUGCCUCUUCCUUUUCACUGAUGAGUGAACUUUAGUUUCUAUCAAGUGAGAUAGAAAUAUUAAAUUAGUUCAGCUAAUAUGUAUCAGUAUAGAUCUGAAAUAAUAGGACAUAACAGUAUGACACAUAACAGUCAUAGCAAAGCCUUAUCUGAAUCUGUUCUUAUACAUCAGUAAAAGCUAUUUUUGGGCUGCUGAGGCCAUUGAAUCAAUAUCAUAUACCACAUUAACAAAAAGAAGGAUAAAAACCACAUGAUCUUCUCAAUAAAUGUUGAAAAAGCACUUGACAAAAUUCAAUAUCCAUUCAUGAUAAAAACUCUCAACAAAAUGGGUACAGAGGGUAUGUACCUCAACAUAAUGAAGGCCAUAUGCCACAAACCCACAGUCAACAUACUUAAUAGCGAAAAGCUCAAAGCUUUUCCUCUAAGAUGAGGAACAAGACAAAGAUACCCACUCUCCCCACUUUUACUCAACGUAGUUCUGGAGGUCCUAGCUGUGGCAAUUAGACAACACAAAGAGAUAAAAGGCAUCCAAAUUGGUGAGGAAGAAGUUAAACUGUAACUAUUUGGAGAUUAAAUGACAUUAAACAUAGAAAAACCCUAAAGACUCCACCAAAAAACUCCUAGAACUAAUAACCAGAUUCAGCAAAGCUGUAGGAUACAAAAUUAAUAAACAGAAAUCUGUUACAUUCCUAUAUACUAACAAUAAACUAGCAAAAAGAGAAAUCAGAAAAACAAUUCCAUUUACAAUUGCAUCAAAAAGAAUAAAAUAUCUAGGAAUAAACCUAACCAAGGAGAUGUGUGGAUAAAAUGAAAGGUCCUAUGACCAGGAUUCUCACCUGGCCCUGGUCAGCUAGGUCACUACGUGUGGGCAAUAUGUUGCUAUUGACUCUAUAUAAAAAGCUCCACCCGUUGCUCUGGGUGACAUGGUGGCAUGGCUGCAAGGCUGCAGGAGACCAGAGCAGAGGCUGGAGUGGUGGCAGUGUGGAGAACAGAGGCCCAGAGGAUGGCUGUGCGGGACGGCUGUGAGGGCAGAAAGGCCCAGAGGCAGAGACUGGCUUGCUGCAUGUAGACUUGCUCUGAGUAAAUGGGAUUUUAGUGACUGACCUGCCACCAUGGAAAUAAAGUUGGGUGUAACCCUUUCACCCCAAGAAUAUUCUACUGUCAUUUUCUUUGGUCACACUGAAUCCACAGUGAACUUGCCCAAGGCUGAAACCCAUUGGCAAGACAAGGUGAAAGACCUGUAUUCUGAAAACUAUAAGACACUCAUAAGAGAAAUUUUAAAAGACACCAAUAAAUGGAAAUACAUCCCGUGCUUAUGGAUAGGAAGAAUUAAUAUUGUAAAAAUGCCAUCCUUCCCAAAGCAAUUUACAGAUUCAAUGCAAUCCCUGUCAAAAUACCAGUGGCACUGUUCAAUGAACUUAAACAAAUAGUUCUAAAAGUCGUAUGGAACCACAAAAGACUCUGAAUAGCCAAAGCCAUCCUGAGAAAGAAGAACAAAGAUGGGAGUAUUACACUCCCUGACUUUAAGCUGUGAUACAAAGCUAUAAUAAUCAAAACAAUAAGGUACUAACUCAAGUACAGACCCAUAGAUAAAUGGAAUAGAAUAGAGAUCCCAGAUAUAAACCCAUGUAUACGUGGUCAAUUAAUAUAUGAUAAAGGAGCCAUGAAUAUACAAUGGGGAAAAAACACCCUCUUCAACACCUGGUAUUGGAAAAACUGGACAGAUACAUGCAAGAGAAUGAACCUGGAUUUCUGUCUAUCUCCACACAUAAAAGUAAACUCAAAGUGGAUCAAAGACCUGAAUGUAAGAUAUAAAACGAUAAAACUCUCAGAAGAAAACAUAGGCAACAAUCUCUUAAACAUAAGCAUGAGCAGUUUUUUCCUGGACACAACUCCUCAGGCAAAGGAAACAAAAUAAAAAAUGAACUAGUGGGAAUACAUCAAACUAAAAGUUAUGGCAAAGGACACCAUCAGCAGAACAAAAGGCAUGCUACAAUAUGGGAUAAUAUAUUUGUAAACAAUUUAUCAGGUAAGGGGUUAACAUCCAAAACAUAUAAAGAGCUCAUACACCUCAACACCAAAAUAAAUAACCCAAUUAUAAAAUGGGCAGAGGACAUGACUAGACAUUUUUCCAAAGAAGAAUAACAGAUGGCCAACAGGCACAUGAAAAUAUGGUCCACAUCACUAAUCAUCAGGGAAAUGCAAAUCAAAACUGCAAUGAGAUGUCACCUCACACCAGUUAGAAUGGCCACUAUCCAAAGACUAUCUGAAAGUGUUGGUGAUGGUGUGGUGAAAUGGGAACUCUCCUACACUGUUGGUGGGAAUGUAAAUUGGUAAAAUUGCUGUGGAAAGCUGUUUGGAGGUUCCUCAAAAAACUAAAAAGAAAAUAUCAUUCAACCCAGUAAUUCCACUUCUAGGAAUUUACCUGAAGAAAACAAAAUCCCUGAUUCAAAAAGAUAUCCUCAGUCCAAUGUUU